AUGCCAUCCAAGUGGAUGACUUCAAAUUCCUGCAACGCGGCUAUUUCGCAGCGACCGGCCGACAUGAAAAUCGGCAUGCAUCUAUAUCGCGGGAACUAUCGAAGACAGUGGUUCGCGUCCGGCGGGUAUGAGCAGAUCGCCGAGGUGCUCUUCCAGCAGAUCGACGUCGAUGUCUACUUCUUGGAAUUUGAUGACGAGCGCUCUGGUGACUUCAAGGGUAUUUGA